CCAGGCCGGCGGGGCAGGGCCGGGCCCGGGGCUGGGCGCUGCAGCCCGCCGAGCCUCCCGCCCGCCGGGGCUGGGGUCGCGCUGGCUCGGACUCUCCUCCCAGCCUGCCGCGACCAUGGAGGACCAGCGGAAGGACGGAGCUUACGGCUCACCUCAGAAGUAUGAUCCCACCUUCAAAGGACCCAUUUAUAACAGGAGCUGCACAGACAUAAUUUGCUGCGUGUUCCUCCUCCUGGCCAUUGUGGGCUACGUGGCUGUAGGCCUCAUAGCCUGGACUCAUGGGGACCCACGAAAAGUGAUCUAUCCCACUGAUAGCCGAGGCGAGUUCUGCGGGCAGAAGGGCACAAAAAAUGCGAACAAACCCUACCUGUUUUAUUUCAACAUUGUGAAGUGUGCCAGCCCACUGGUCCUGCUGGAAUUCCAGUGUCCCACUCCUCAGAUCUGUGUGGAGAAAUGCCCUGACCGUUACCUCACCUACCUGAAUGCUUACAAAUCCCAGAACUUUGAGUAUUACAGGCAGUUCUGCGUUCCUGGCUUCCAGGACAACAAGGGUAUGGCUCAGGUGCUUUCGGAUGGUGAUUGCCCUGCUGUCCUCAUCCCCAGCAAACCCCUGGCUCGGCGGUGCUUCCCAGCCAUCCAUGCUCACAAGGGAGUCCUCAUGGUGGGCAACGAGACAACCUAUGAGGAUGGGCACGGCUCUUUGAAAAACAUCACGGAGCUGGUGGAGGGCGCCAGGAAAGCCAACGGGGUCCUGGAGGCAAGGCAGCUGGCCAUGCGGAUAUUUGAAGAUUACACAGUAUCCUGGUACUGGAUUGUCAUAGGUCUGGUCAUUGCCAUGGUGUUGAGCCUCCUGUUUGUUGUCCUGCUCCGCUUCCUGGCUGGUGUUAUGGUCUGGGUGAUGAUCGUCAUGGUGAUUCUGGUGCUGGGCUAUGGAAUAUUUCACUGCUACAUGGAGUAUGCCCGACUGCGUGGAGAGGCUGGCUCCGACAUCUCCCUGGUAGACCUCGGCUUCCAGACGGAUUUCCGCGUGUACCUGCAGUUACGGCAGACCUGGAUGGCCUUCAUGAUCGUUCUCAGCGUCCUCGAGGUUAUUAUCAUCUUACUGCUCAUCUUUCUACGGAAGAGAAUUCUCAUCGCUAUUGCCCUUAUCAAAGAAGCCAGCAAAGCUGUGGGAUAUGUGAUGUGCUCCAUGCUGUACCCACUGGUCACCUUCUUCCUGCUGUGCCUUUGCAUCGCCUACUGGGCUAGCACUGCUGUCUUCCUGUCCACUUCCAAUGAAGCCGUCUAUAAGAUCUUCAGUGAUGCUCCCUGCUCAGCUAUUGGGAAAACCUGUGAUCCAAAGACCUUCGCCACCUCUAAUGAAUCCCGCCUGUGCCCUACUGCCUACUGCCAGUUCGCUUUCUAUGGCGGUGAGUCGGGCUACCACCGAGCCCUGCUGGGCCUACAGAUCUUCAAUGCCUUCAUGUUCUUCUGGCUGGCCAACUUCGUGCUGGCUCUAGGCCAGGUCACGUUGGCUGGGGCCUUUGCCUCCUACUACUGGGCUCUGCACAAACCUGAGGAUCUGCCUGCCUUCCCGCUCUUCUCUGCCUUUGGCAGGGCCCUCAGGUACCACACAGGCUCCCUGGCCUUUGGUGCCCUUAUUUUGGCCAUAGUGCAGAUCAUCCGAGUGAUGCUGGAGUACUUGGAUCAGCGCCUGAAAGUUGCAGAGAACAGGUUUGCCAAAUUUCUCAUGAUCUGUCUCAAAUGCUGCUUCUGGUGCCUGGAAAAGUUCAUCAGGUUCCUCAACAGGAAUGCCUACAUCAUGAUUGCCAUCUAUGGCACCAACUUCUGCACCUCAGCCAGGAAUGCCUUCUUCCUGCUCAUGAGAAACAUCAUCAGAGUGGCCGUCCUAGACAAAGUUACCGAAUUCCUCUUCCUGUUGGGCAAACUUCUCGUUGUGGGUAGCGUGGGGAUCCUGGCUUUCUUCUUCUUCACCCACCGUAUCAGAAUCAUACAGGACACAGCACCAGCCCUCCAUUAUUACUGGGUCCCUAUACUGACGGUGAUCAUCGGCUCCUAUCUGAUUGCCCAUGGCUUCUUCAGUGUCUACGGCAUGUGUGUGGACACGUUGUUCCUCUGCUUCUUGGAGGAUCUGGAGAGGAAUGAUGGCUCGGUUGAGAGGCCUUACUUCAUGUCUUCCAACCUCAAGAAGCUCUUGAACAAGACCAACAAGAAGCUGGCGGAAUCAUAAAAGCCUAGGUCUCCCCCACCUCUCCAAAGUUUCACACUGGGUGCUGGGUGGCUGGGUUCAAACCCCCAGUCUCUUGGACUACUCCGAAGUCCUGUCACUGCCGUUCCUGCCUUCCCGUCAUCCAGUUACCACCAGUUUCUGGGGACCUGGAAGACCUGGAGCAUCUCCUCCCUGUGCCAAGGGGCAUACAUUUAUUUCACAGUAGCCCUGUAGGACUUCAAAUUGAGUCACUGUACCCUCACCGGCCCAGAUGUGGAGAGAAGCUCACUGAGGCCACUGAUGUCUGCAGGCUCCCGGAAACUUCCUGCUUACAAUGGGAUGGGGUAUUGUGGUGGCCACAGUAAACUCUGACGCCCAGUGCCUGUUUGCUCAUGCUUCUCUGGCCAGGACCGAGGCCCUUCUCCAGGACUGAACAGCUGGCUAACCGGACACCACAGGCAUUUGUUUUUGUUUUUUAACCUGGAUGUGUAUUGAAGAACUUGUUAGUUCUUUUCUGUCUGUCUCAACAGCUGAGAUGGGCAGCUGAGGAUACCAUCUGCUGGAUGUGGCUCAGGUGGGCGUGUGUGUGCUCAGGUUGUGGGUGGGAGGGCCUGUUGGGGAGGACAGCUAGGAACAGACUGGCAGAAGGACCAGAGCAGGAGGAAGGAACCUGCUAAUAAGUGGAGACCUGCUGACUGGCUGGAGGAAUUGGACCCUCUGACGCAGCUCUUUUUGUGAAAGAGAAAAUGGAUCUAUUGAAGCAACAAUUUCAAGGAAGGAGUCGGGAAGAUUCUAUGGGCAAACCAGGGCCACCCAGUCCAGAUUCCUCACCUUGAGGAUUCUUUUUGCCAAAUUUAUUAAAACUCAGGGAAUCUGGUCUCCGGGUUCCCCCUUUGCCAUAUUCCAAGUUCCUCUGACUUCAUGUCUUUGUUCAUCAG